AUGGAUAUGAUAAUAUGGAAUUGCAGAGGUACGGGUAAUGCUAGAUUCCGAAGAACGUUGCGGGAAUUGGUAAGUUUACACAAACCCGACAUGUUAGUACUUAUGGAGACAAAAGUGGAACUACACACAAUGGGCAUGUUUUUUAACAAUCUGGGGUAUACGGCUUCCACUCAUGUCGAUCCGAUUGGCCGAAGUGGAGGAAUUUGGAUAUUAUGGAAUCCUAGUCAAGCUAACGUUCGAGUUCAUGAUGCAACUUCCCAGAUGAUUACAGCUACUAUAUCAAGACAAGAGUAUCUUGACUGGGUCCUAUCUACAGUCUAUGCUAGUCCUAAUAUCCGAAUGAGAGAGGAACUAUGGAAUGGCUUGGAAGACAUUGCUCAAAAUAUUCAGGAACCGUGGCUCGUAGCAGGGGACUUUAAUGACUACUCCAGUUCUGAGGAAAAAAAAAAGCUUCCCAGCUGUGUUGGUCCUAGGCUCACUUGGACCAACAAUCGAAAAGGAUGGGCAAAUACUAUGGUUCGACUGGAUCGUGCCCUCUGUAACACCGAAUGGAGAACUUUGUUCCCAGAAGGGAUUGGAACAAAAAUGUUUUUGGAAAUAUUUUUAGACGUAAACGUUGGCUACUUGGAAGAAUUAAUAGAAUUCAAAUUUCUUAAGCCAAUCAUUAUUCUCACAAUCUUCAUCAACUGGAAAGCAUAUUUUCAGAAUAUUUUUGCUCAUACUCCUAUUAGUAAUCUUCAUCAUUGGAAUAAUCUGACCAAGCACAUUAAUGUUGAUGAUCAACUAGAUAUGAUUAGGGAGCUCUCUGCCCCUGAUAUCUGGAGAGCAGUCAAAAACAUUAAAGCUUUUAAGGCUCCAGGUCGUGAUGGGUACCAAGCUAUCUUUUAUCAUACCUUUUGGGGAAUUGUAGGCCAAUUUUUCCGCCCAAUCAGCCUGUGUAAUGUGACUUAUAAAAUCAUAUCCAAAAUCCUUGUCAAUAGAAUUCGUCCUAUUUUGAGUGAUAUCAUUAGCCCUAACCAAAGUAGCUUUAUUCCAGGUAGAUCUACACAUGAUAAUAUCAUCAUCACUCAAGAAGCAAUUCAUACUGUGAAUAAGAAAAAAGGAAAAAUUGGGUUCAUGAUUUUUAAAGUUGAUCUUGAAAAGGCAUAUGAUAAUAUUUCUUGGAAUUUCCUGCGCCAAACUCUGUUGGAAUUUCACUUUGAUGAGAAAUUGGUGACUAUGAUUAUGAAUUGUGUCACAAGUGUGAGUACGGCUAUCUUAUGGAAUGGAGAACCCCUUGAUGAGUUCAAACCUGCAAAAGGUUUACGUCAAGGGGACUCUUUAUCCCCGUAUCUUUUUGUGUUAUGCAUGGAAAGACUUUCUGCCAUGAUUACGCAAAAAGUGCAAGAAAAAGAAUGGAAUGGGCUUUGCUUGGCUAAGAGUGGUCCUACUAUAUCACACUUAUUUUUUACGGAUGAUUUGAUUCUAUUUGCUAAAGCAAAUGAUCGAAAUUGUCACACCAUUUUGCAAGUCUUGACUGAGUUUAGUGCCAUUUCUGGCUUGAAGGUUAAUUUACAUGAAUCCCAUCUAUUUGUGUCUCCUAAUAUUAAUAGGAGAAGAGCUUUGCAAUUAAGCAAUAUGAGUAGUAUCCCCUUAACUCAAAAUUUGGGAAAGUACCUUGGGGUUCCUUUACUUCAUGAUAGAGUUAGCAAAAGUCAUUUUCUAAAUAUUUUGGAAAAGCUUAAGAGUAAACUAACCGGGUGGAAAUCUGGAAUGUUGUCCCUGGCUGGGAGGGCAACCUUAAUACAAUCUGUUACUAGUGCCAUGCCAGCUUAUGCCAUGCACACUAUGGAACUCCCGAGGAAAGUUUGUGAUGAGAUUGAUAAAAUUAAUAGAAACUUUCUUUGGGGUGAUACCCGCGAGAAAAGGAAAGUGCAUCUAGCAAAUUGGGACCAGGUUUGUAAGCUGAAAAAAGACGGUGGCCUUGGUCUCCGAAAGGCUAGAGAUACCAAUCUAGCCCUUCUAUCUAACCUGGGGUGGAAAAUGUUAAAUGAGGAUAAUACUCUUUGGGUGGAAGUGCUCAAAACUAAGUAUUUGGGCCAACAACCCUUUCUAUCCAAGGGGAAAGGCAAGAGCAUAUCACAUACCUGGAAAGGUAUUUUGAAUACCAGGGAUCUCUUGGUUAAGGGAAUUAGAUGGAAGUUGGGAAGAGGAUCCAAAGUGAGAGUUUGGAAAGAUUGGUGGUGUGGUGAUGGGGCAUUUGAUAAGGAUUUGCAAUCACCCACCAAUCAAAUUCCAAAUUUUGAGGCUAUCACUGUGGACUCCCUCCUUGAUGAAAAUGGUGAAUGGGAUUUAAAUCCUAUACACACCUCCUUCCCUUUGAAUAUGGUUGAAGAAAUUUUAAAAUUACAACCCCUCCAAACCAAUGUUGGAGAAGACACUCCCAGAUGGAUGAAAUCCUCUGAUGAAGAGUCUCUACAUCAAGUGCGAAAACUCAAGCUUAACACAGAUGGUAGCACUCGCAGGCUUGGAGGUGGUGGCGGAUUUGGUGGACUAUUCCGCGAUGAAACAGGGUCAUGGAUUAGUGGAUAUUAUGGCAGAGUUGAGAUAUACACUAGCCUUAAAGCCGAACUUUGGGCUGUCUAUAAAGGGCUUACCAUAAUACUCCAAAGAGGAUUCAAUCAAGUGAUUCUGGAAACGGAUGCGGAGCAAGUGGUUCAACUGCUGAGUGAAGAUUUAGGAGAGAGGUGCCCUUUUUUGGGGCAUUGUGGAAGAUGCUCGUAUUAUUAUGCGCGGUUGUGA